CACGAGUUAUUUUGCCAGAUGAUAUUGUUCAAACAGGGUACAUUGGACUAAUAAUUUGGGCACUUUUCAGUAUACAUUCGAAAUGGAUGGCAAUCUAGUGUAUAUAGUUAUAGUUGUAAUUUUCUUCAUAACAACAGUAUUGACACAAGAAAAGUUUGUUGAAGAAAUUACAAAUUUUCAAUACUCGGAAUGUGAACAGAAGUUGGAAAGAGUAGAUUGCAAGGCACUUAACAUAAGUAAAGUUCCACGACAAAAGCCAAGUCUUUGGCCACCAGGUCCAUUUGCAAUACCUAGGUCAAGUUAUGGGUGUCCCGAAUCAGAAAGUCGUGGAUGGACAAAAAGCGUUCUUUACAGAAAGAAACCUGGAAAAAAUAAACAGGAAGACCCAUUGAACUUGUGUGUUAAACAACGAGAUGAUACAGAACUAGAUACAGAAAAAUGGAUUCCCGGAAGAUAUACAAUUUAUAGGAUUGGAGAGGAAUGCCCAGCAGGUUUUAGAAAAAGCACAAUACGAGAAUCCUGUCUUGAAUAUGAUUCAUUUGGACCUAUUCCAAAUAUAACAGAAAAAGAAAUUGCAAAGGAAAAGAUAUUAGAAAUAGGCACCUGCAAAAAGAUCGGUAAUAGUUUGAAGAGAAACAAAAGGGGAAAUAAAGCUACAUACAGAAUGUUAGAAACGUCCUUUAUUGUUUUAAAGAGCAAAUCUACACCUUGCCCAGAUAAAUUAAAUUCUCUCCAAGGACAGAAGUAUUGCGGCAUUGAACCAGUGGUUCAGAGAUCACUAAGACCGCUUGAAACACAGUUGGUGUUGGACUUUGAUUUUCGCAUUCUUUCGGGUGUAAAUGGAAAUCCAAAUCAAGUCAAAGAGGCUAUGUACCACUUUGACCUGCGACGUUCAAUAAAGGUAUAUAGCAUUGCAAUUGUAUCCAGUGAUGGAAUCCCUCGUCAGACGAGUGUGUCGCAAUGCUUCCACGACGAGAAAAGAUUGGAAUUACUAUUUGAGAAAGGAUUGAAGUGUAGUUAUGUUUGCGCGAAUCAAGGAUCAACAUUUUUUGUGUAUUUGAGUCCUUUCCGUGCCCGUUAUAUUGUCUUGGGCAUUGAACAUUCCACAGAGUGGUUUAACAAAAAAUCAUUCCAUAUAUACAUAGAUGGUAUUAAAUCUUUGGAUGGAGAAAUGUGUAAUGAAGAUCUUGGAAUGAGAGAUGGAAGCAUUCAAAAUGAUCAAAUUUUUGCCUCAUCAUUCUCAAAACGUAACCCACCAUUCAAAGCAAGGCCUUCUUCUGCUGGUUGGUGCAUUGACAAAAUGAUAGAUGCAAAUCCUUGGAUCAUGGUUGACAUGAGAUCAGAAACAAAAAUUGAAGGGGUGACUUUGUUUCCAAUGUCAGAAGAGGUAUAUUCGAAUGCUUAUUGGGAGUCUUUCCAUCUCUUAUAUGGAAAUCAAAUGGAUAACUUAAGCAUGUCCGACGUAAAGUUUACAAUUGAUGUCGACAAAUUAACGUCUGGACUGCAACAUUCAUGUUUUCUUCAAAACGCAGUUACAGCUCGUUUUAUAAUGCUACAAUUAAAUGGAAGUCAUGAGGUAGAUCAACUAUGUCUACGAUUCGAAAUCCAUGGAUGCAAACUAUCAGAUUCAACAGAACUCUUUCCUAGUUUUAAAAAUUAUAAGACGAUGACAACGAACGCACUGUAUGUCCAAAAGCCUUCAUUAAUAAUGUCUAUUGGCUAUCCUUUUCUGACAGGAAGUGGCUACAGUUAUACAUGGAUAAUAGAUUUUAAACAUGAGCACUAUGUGAGACUAAUCUUCACAAACGUCACAUUAAACCAAAUUACGCGAGAUAAUAACAAUGAUUGUGAAGAUACGCUUGUAAUAGGGACAGACUUACGGGAGCGAUUGAAGGGCGUUCAGAUCAAAACAAAUUUUAACAAAAGAAUAUUUAUUGUUGAAACAUAUAGGACUCUUGUUCUACUCACCUUUCAGCCGUGCUUUAAUACAUUUAGGGGAAGUUCAUUCCGUGCAGUUGUUAAUGAAGAAGAUAUCCCAGCGUGUUUGUCCAUCGCUUCAAGUGUAGAUUGGAGCCAGGGCAGGAAUGAAGCAUGUACAAAUCCAGAAAUGAUACUUACGUCAAUGUCGAUUUUAAAUAUUCCAUUUGAAAAUUUUGAAGAAAGAUUUAGAAUUCAAGCUCGCUAUCAUCACAGAAUCCAGAUUGAAUUUAUAGACUUUUAUAUUGUCUGUCCAAUAGGUAUGUGAUGUUUUAA